CAGAUAUGGGUCUGCUAGUUAUGGCAAUAUUACUAAGUUUAUUGUCCAAAGAAGUAAACCUUGUCUUGGGGGACAUAGGCACUGCUACAUCUUAUGAACCCCCAUACACACCAACAAAAUGCAAUGGGAAUAGAGAAGAUCAAUUCCCACCAGGAAAUCUAUUUGUUGCAGUGAGUGAAGGGUUGUGGGACAAUGGGGCUGCAUGUGGCCGGCGUUAUAGGCUGAGAUGCCUGAGUGGCCAAAAUCGGCCAUGCAAGGGUGGUACCGUCGAUGUUAGGGUGGUGGAUUUUUGCCCUAAAAGACCCUGCCCUUCCAAUAUCCUCAUGUCAAAGGAUGCUUUUGCAGCGCUAUCUCGUUCUCCUAAUGCAAAAAUCAACAUCGAAUUUAUCCAGAUUUGAUAUGAAGCAUACGCAUUAUUUUCCGCUCCUCAUCAACAAGAUUAUUAUGUUGUCAUAUUGGGAGGUUCAAAUACGAGAGAUUAGAAGAAAUGUAGAGUCUCGACAUCGUCAUAUUUGUAAUUCUUGUGGUGAUUGUUUUGUGUUAUACGUACUAUGGUCAUUUAGUAGUACUCCAUAAUUAUGGAAUCUAGGAUACAUAAUUCUUAAUAUAUGAGCGCUGCUUGAAAUU